UAUGAAACUUAAAAAAAAAACACACCAUGGCUUCUCUCCUUGGAGGUUCUGCUUCUGCAGAACAUGCAACAGGACUGUGUAAAGGUAUAGCCGACACGGAAGACGAAGACGAUCUUUUCGAGAUCGAUCUUGAUGCGGUCGACAGCAUUCCUCCACCACAGUACUACUGGGGCGACUAUUUCACUGCAACCGGAAAUGCACUGCUAGCCAAUUGCCUACUGCCGGUAACGGAUAUCUCCCGUGCAGUUCCAAUGGUUUCCAAGUCAUUGUCAUACUCACCGGAGGCGGCAGCCAAUGUUGUAAUGAUGCCAAAGCCAAUGCCCUUGGGGCAUCUUCUUGGUCUGCCAUUCUUGGAGGCUCUCGUGCUUCACCAAAAGGAAGUGAAACCCAAAUGUAAUUUGAUUAGGGCAAAUGAUGCCCAUUUGGAAGUUGGGUCUGAGCCAGCAAUAGAAGGAAGAUAUUACAUUGUUGAUACUGUUUAUGGAGGCUAAGCAUUAGCUUUUCAAAACUCAACGUUUUAUUUGCACGUCUGUCUUUUUCUCCUUCUCACAAGGGUCUCUAUAGGUUACACAAAUAGUCCAAUUAAUUUCUUUUUUGGAAAGGGGACAGAAAGGGAAAUUGAUUUAGGAUCAUGAUUUAUAUUACUCCCUUUUUUUAUAUUAAAUUUUAUUUGCUAUUUUUUUUUUAAACAGCAAAGUGAUAAUAUAUUAUUAAGGAAAAAAGUAAGUACAACCAAAGUUUUAGAGGGC